GUCAGGAUGAAGAUCGUGCUUGUUUCACUAUUCCUAUCAUAUUUUUUGUUUCUUUAUUUCUUUGAUUUUGUUGAUGGAGACAAACAGGGUGAAACCAAACUGAAUGCCCUACAGUUUGUGAUCUACAACAAUGCGGAAGCCACAGUCAAACUGGAUUCUACAGCACUGAAAAAAAUCAUCCAGUUAUCGACAACGGGUACUUUUGCAUAUCACAAACAAGGAGUGAGUUUUUCUGUUUAUCCUAACUCGAAACGCCUGGCUCUUGGAUAUGGUCAGACGGUGAUAUAUGACGGGAUCCUGACGAACGAUGAAAAUGGAUAUGACGUCAGAACAGGAGUGUUCACAUGUCCUGUAGCGGGAACCUACAUGUUUGUUCUCGAUUGUCUCUCUCCUAAGCCAACAUGGAUACACAUUGUUAAAAACAAGAGUGUGGUAGGAUCUGUACAUAUAUCAACUGCUAACGAAGGCACAUCUUGGCAGCAGUUGAGUAGAACCGUCAUAUUAAAGGCAAGAAAAGGUGAUCACGUUAAAGUAGUUAAUAGUGGGAAAAACGGCAUCAUCCAAAUGGGUCGAUACUCUGGUUUCUCUGGAACUCUACUGUACCGAAGAAUUAAUGCAGAUAAGAAAUUGUAA